AUGCAGGACAUUCGCCUUACAGCCAUUUUGGGCGCCUGUCUUACCAUAUUCCCCGUCGUUACUGAUGCUUUUUGGCGCCUUCCCUGCCGUGGGCGAACUGGCGUUGCUCGUUUGGACCCUAUUGUCGACCCGGGAGACAUCUCAGGACACAUUCAUGCGGUCCACGGGGCAGGAAACUUUGGCAUGAGUUCUGAUAUGAAUACUCUGCUCGAGUCCAGCUGCACCUCAUGCGCUGUAGAGCAGGACAUGUCCGCUUACUGGACCCCUCCUCUCUACUUUAUGCACACCAACGGCAGCGCCGAAUUGGUUCCAGAGGUUGGAGGCAUGCUUGCUUAUUAUCUCCUUUAUGGAGAGAAUGUGACAGCCUUUCCGAGUAACUUUAGGAUGUUAGCAGGCGACCCCCUCCAGCGCAACUUCACCUGGCCGAUUCCUGACCCACCGAAAUCUUCAUGGUCUGGUCCCCAAGAAUCGCAGAAAGCGUUACGCCAAAAGGCUAUUGGAUUCAACUGUCUGAACUACGCCGCAGCUGCUGAAUCCUCCCUCUAUCGUCAUUUUAUGCCGAAUAAAACCUACCUCGAUGAACAUUGCACGGAUGGGGUCCGCCUCGAGCUGAUGUUCCCGUCUUGCUGGAAUGGCAAGGAUGUCGAUUCAACGGACCACAAAUCCCACGUGGCGUAUCCCUCUCUUGUGAUGGACGGCACUUGCCCGGAUGGAUACGAGACUCGACUGGUCUCACUUUUCUAUGAGACUAUCUGGAACACAUACGCUUUCAAAGACGUGGAUGGCUACUUUGCGCUCUCAAACGGUGACCCGACAGGAUAUGGGUACCAUGGUGACUUCAUGUAUGGCUGGGAAGAUGGCAUCCUUCAGGAGGCAGUCGACACUUGCACGAGUGAGACGGGUCUCGUUGGCGAUUGCACAAUAUUCAAUCUCCAAUCGGAGGAAAAGCAGAGAGAUUGUUUCUUUGACGUGCCGGAGUCACUGAAAGAUGAAAAUGUCCAUAUGCAUGCGGAUGGAUUGCCUGGGAGUGUUCCGAUUGAAUGGGGCCCAGCAUACGCCACCAUGUCAAUGGCUUCAUCUUCAUCGUCGAGCACUACAUCGCUGGAGCCUAGCACUUCCACUCCUUAUAUCUCCAUCUCGCUGCCUUCCCUCUCUAUCAGUAUAGGGGACUUGAAUCUCGAUGCCUACGUCACGCAAGAAGUCGCUACUACUGCACCCUCUACCACUACAUCGACCUCCACCCCUACUCCGACCCCCACCACCUCGGUGGAAGUGGAUUCCAUGACUGAAGAGAUUGUCUAUGUGGAGCAGGACGUGUAUGUCCUGAUUGACGAAAAUGGCUCUCCCUAUGCCACCACUACCGGUGUUCAGCGGACGCUCUCAUCUUCAACUACGACAAUUAUGGCGACAUCGACAGUGGUAGCAUACGUUGAGAGAGACAAUGUGCCAGAAGAACCUGAACAACGGGAACGUAUUGCCGAGCAUGCUCGCCGACACGUCCAUCACCAUGGCCACAUGCACAAGAGAUUCUAA